AUGAGUACGAUGUACAUUGGUCUAAGGAAGGUUCAAGAACAAGAGCUGAACUUUGGCACAGACCGUGGGUUGUCUCAGUGGGGACCAAUCUUGGUUGGGAUGAUGAGCAAUCCCAGGAGACGUAGAAGGUUUAGGAGGACAGAGUUUGGUGUUGAUAAUGAUGAUGGAAACGACAUCAACAAUGUCGAUAACCAUCGUCGUCUUCGCCAUAGGGAACAUGAUGGAGAGAUUGAGUUAGACAGGGAGGUUUAUUCUAUCAUCAGGAGGAGCCGGAGAAGCUCAGCUUCGAUAUUGCAGUUGCUUCAAGGCAUUCGUGAAGGGAUUAACUCGGAUCAUGAGAGCUCUGUAAUUGGUGAUUACUUAGCUGGACCGAAUCUAACAAGCCGACAAGGGACACUUCCAGUAAGAAAGGAAGCUGUGGAGAAUCUUCCAACGGUUAAAGUUUGUUUGGAUGAGUUCGAGAAAGGGGGUGAAGCUAAAGAGAUUCCGUGUAAGCAUAAGUUUCAUAUCCGGUGUAUAGUACCGUGGCUUGAGUUUCACGGUUCGUGUCCCAUGUGUAGGUAUGAGCUACCUCCUGAUGAUGGGGUAAAGAUUGAUCUGGAUCAACUUCAGGGUCUUCUCAGCUCAAUGAGAACUGAAGUUCAGGAUAAAAGAAGAAGAAUCACGAACAAAAUAAUCGCUGCCACUUUCUAUAUUCGUCAGGUUGAAGUACAUAAGAUCACUUUUGAGGAAUAG